CGCCCCCCAACUCCGCGCUCCCCGCGGUUCCUUCCCGUUACCGUCCUCUACCGCCAGUCCCCCAAGCCUCUGGGCCAAAGCCCACCUUGUCCACUGAGCAGCGACCCCCUGGUGCAGCAUGCAGAAGUUCCGGGGCCAGGAAUGAAACCGCACCUCAGCAGUGACCAUGCCAAAUCCUUAACUGCUAGGCCACCAGGGAAGUCCUGAAAUCUUUAAUAGGGUUUUGAACAAAGAGAUCCACAUUUUUAUUUUACAGCGGGCUCUGCAAAUUAUGCAGCAGCUCCUGGGCCACAAGCAUUUCUACACAUAGACUCCAGGUGUUCCCUUCAACAUUUGGGCCUUCCUGAGCCCAGGGACAUCCCUUCCUCUCCAGGCAAAGCACUGGGAGCAGUGGAGCCCCCAAGCCCGGCCAGACCAUGGGCGAGCCUGGAGAACAACUGCCUGAGGAGGUGCUAGUGCUCAUCUUCCGCCAUCUGCCCCUGCGAGACCGAGCAGCGGCUGCCAGGGUCUGUAGAGCCUGGGCUGCCGCUGCCACGUGCAGCGCUGUGUGGCACAACACGAACAUCAGUUGCGACUGUGAACUAAAAAGCAUGCUGCCACCAUAUCUGUACGCCUGCCUGGACCAAGUUCACAAUCUACGGCUGGAAUUUGAGCCGUCGAGGGAGCCAAGCCGUCGGAUGGCUACGGAGUUGCUGACCGCACUGGCGGGCCGUACGCCCGGGCUGCGAGGCCUGUGUCUGGAGUGCCGCGGAGAAAAGCCGCUCUUUGACUCGGGCCGCGACGUCCUGGACGCCGUGCACGCCCUCUGUGGGGCAGCCCGCGCGCUGCGCCACCUCGACCUGCGGCGAUUGCCCUUCACACUUAGCGACACGCUGGUACUGCAGGUGGCACACGGCUGCCGCGAGCUCCGCAGCCUCUUUCUAGAUAAUGGUACGCUAGUGGGCAGCGUGAGGCCCGGCUCCGUGCUCGAGCUGGUAGAGGCCUGCCGGUGCCUGCGCGCCCUCGGCCUGCACUUGGCUAGCCUGUCGAGUACCGCGCUCGAGGCACUAGCGGCGCCAGACCGCGCGCCUUUCGAGCUCCUGGCCGUGCGGUGCGCGUGCCCCGAAGAUGUACGCGCGCCCCCCCUGCCAAGCGAAGCCUGGGUGGCGCUGCGCCGCCGCCAUCCUUGGUUGGCCGUAGAGCUGGAGCUGGAGCCGGCGCUGCCUGCCGAGAGCGUGACGCGCAUCCUGCAGCCUGCCCUGCCUGUGGCUGCGCUGCGUCUCUGCCUCUCUGGGGACACCGUUGGGCCGCUGCGUUUCGCAGCGCGCCACUACGCCGCAACCUUGCGCUUGCUCGAGGUGCGCGCCGCCGCCUCAGCAGAGCUCGACGCCGCGCUGGAGGAGGUGGCGGAGCGCUGCACCGGCCUGCGCGAAGUGCACUGCUUCUGCUUGGUGCGACCUUCUGUACUGCACGCCUUCCGCGCGCACUGCUCGCGCCUGCGCAGCUACACGCUCAAACUUACGCGGGAGCCACAUCCCUGGCGGCCCACGCUUGUGGCGUGAUAGGAUAAACCCUUUCACCCCGCGCCGACGUGUGGCCUCUGAGACGCUUCGUGGGUUUGCCCCGGGGCACGCCAGCUGCUAUCCCGCUCCCUUAGGACUCUGAGGAUAGGAGCCUUUGGGGUGGCAUCAGUACUAAGCAGGCGCGCCCUGAGUCCACUCAGUUGCUCCCAACAUCUGCAGACACCCAUUGUUCCCGCGGUACCGGGAUCACCCUCUUCAAACCCCAGUCCUCUGCAAAUGUUGCGCUAGCUUGGCGGCCCCGGCAUGGGGGGAGGGAGGGCACUGACACAGUGGUGCCUCAGGGAUGAGUGUGAAAUAAACAAAUCAAGCAUUG